AGCACCAUUGCUUCGUCGCGGCUAUAAUGACAAUUCAAACCAGCCAGCCACACGUCUUUUUAAUUUAAUGUAAAACAUUUAUAUUCGUCAAUAGCUACCUAGUUUUCAGAGCAGCUAACGUUAUGUCAAGCCGGAGGAGUGAAGCCCUGGCUUUCUCUCUAGUGACGGGUAUAAACCAUGCCAUGGCCAAGCUGGUGGACAUCUGGGACAGCAUGGGCAUCAUGGAGGAGCAGAGGGUAGAGCGGAUGGAGACGGUGAAGAAACACAUUGAGGACCUUUUGAAUGACAUGAUCACUGAGGAGGAAGCUUUGAAGCACCGCAUCCGAACCAAUAUCAUCACUUUUGAAAAACAGUUGGAUACCUUGUGUCUGGAAAUGUCAAUGGAUCCAUACAAAUUGGAGGAGGGCCUGACAGUCCUCCAGAUCGAGAAGAACCUGCGUCUGCGUGUGGAGGUUCUGACCAAGGAGAAGGGGGACCGUUUGAAGGAGUUACACGGACUGCAGCAGCAGGAUAAGGAACUGUGCUUGGAGCUGUGCGUCACUCCCUAUUAUGUUCCCACAGGCAUCAUACCCUCACACACUCAGUUGCAGGAGUUCCGGGAGCACCUCAAGACCCUCAGUGAAGAAAAGAAGAGUCGUGCAAAGGUGUUCUCAGGGCUACGUGAGGACAUCAGGAAGCUCAUGGAGGACAUGGGUCAGAAACCAGAAACCAGUCUGGAGAAAGAGUCGGUGUGUCAUGGCGAGGAGAUAUUCCUGCUCACGCAUGAAAACAUCAAAGCCCUCCAACUGCUGUUGUCCCAGAUGAAGGUCAAGAAGGAAUCCCUGAUGAAUACUCUGGCUGAGCUGAAAGAACGAGCUAUGUGCCUGUGGAAUCGUCUGGAAGCGCUGGAGCAAGAUCGCACUGCGUUCCAGGAGAGUGUGCAGGGUACCCUUUCUGACCAAAUCACACAGUGGCAGGAGGAGGUUGAUCGACUGACAGUCCUGCAGAAAGCCAUGUUGGAGGAUGUGAUUGACAAGGUCCGACAGGAACUAGUGGCUCUCUGGGACAAGUGCAAUCAGGGCACUGAGCAGCGUGAACCCUUCAACGCCCACAUCUGUGACGAUGACUUCACAGAGGAAUUGUUGGCACUGCAUGAUGCUGAGCUAUUGAAGGUGAAGAAUUACUAUGACCAGGCUAAACCCUUACUGGAGGUUCUGCAGAAAUGGGAGAAGUACUGGGCCCUCUUCCAGGACUUUGAGAAAAAGGCCAAUGAUCCAAACCGCUUCUCCAACAGAGGAGGAGCCCUUCUCAAAGAGGCCAAAGAGAAGGUCAAAGUUCAGAAGAUGUUGCCAAAGUUGGAGGAAGAGCUGAGGACUGGUGUUGAGAGCUGGGAGAAGGACCAGGGUACUGCCUUCCUGGUCCAGGGCCAGAGAGUCAUGACCUACAUCUCCACCCAAUGGGAGGAGCACAAACAGCUGAGGGGCAAGGAGAAGAGUGAACGUGCCACUACAUCAAAGAAGGGGGAAAUGACAACUCUCUUCAAAACUCCCACGAAGAGGGCCCAUGGUGGGAUGAACACCCUCACCCCCAACAAGAUCAGGAAGCAGACUCCUACACAGCCGAUCAUGGUGCGCUCCUACAGCUGCAACUCAUCCAGCACCUUCAUCAGUGUGCCUAGCAGCAAGCCUCCUCUCUCCCAGAUGCAGAAAACCAAGUCCCUUGAGAGAAGCAACAGCAGCAGUAGUCAGAGGACACCCCUGCAUGAGUACAAUGGUACAGAGGAGAAAAAACCUGUUGACAUCAGCUACUCUGACUUCACUGGUGACCUGUCCAAAAAGACAAAUGAUGCAGUUUUCAAUUCGACAGCAAAGGACCUUUUCUGAUUUUCUCAUGAUGGUCCCCACAUUUUAAGAUGUGCGUGUGGACAAUUCACCCCGCACAGGUUGUGCUGUGUCCACUUGGCACUCCUUUCGUGUGUGUAUAUAUGGCCGGUGUUUGUAAUGGUCAGUGAGAAUUUCAGGUAAUGCAAGUCUUUGUUAUCUUGAUGUAAAUCAUUUUUUGUAGUUGGUGUUGCUGUUACUUUGAAAUGUGACCAAUGUUGCCUUUUUGUAAUGCUUAUUUUUGGACACCCUGUAUGGAAGUGAAUAGGUCUAAAUGGACUAUGUAUGUGUCGGGUGCGGAUGAAACAUCAUAAAGCUGUGUUUUCCAGUUAUUAAUACUGUGCAGUCCAGGGAAGUGAAUCACAAGUUUGAUACGGUAGAGCCCCUUAGAUGUUACAUCCAGUACUUUUGAUAUUUGACUUGUUACUAAAUGGCCAGGCUCCACCGGAGGAAGCAUCCUGUUUAGAUACAGACCUUCCAGCAGAACAACAUGCAGCUCUUUCUGUAUGUAAAUAUUGCUCUCUUGAAAAUAUACUUUUCUUAUUGCACAUACGGUAUUGACAAUGUGUUUUGUCUUGACGUGUGCGUUGUCAACGUGCCUGUUUUUAUUUUAUCUUUUUUGACUUAAUUAAUAAAUAUAUAUAUUUCAAUUACA